CGUGUAUGCAUUGGGAAAUAGAAAGGAUGAUUUUCGUUCAAAUGAAAUUGCCGAUUUUUCUGCUUUUCGUUGUUGCUCAACAUUUCAAAUCUACGGAAGCUCAGGCGCCUCGUGGAUGGUUCAUUGCAACUUCCACUGGUCCUGUGUGCAGUUUGACGUAUGAUGCCGGAACAGUUGACUUUACAUCAGUGGUUCAACCCCCGGAUUCCAUCAUAAGCACCUGGAUCCUGGGUGAUGAAAGAAGUGCUACAAUCGUGGCCCAGUCCAAGGACAUUCAAGCUCGACUCGUGAAUAGUGCCACCAACAAAAAAAUGGACGAUUUGAAAAACCUUUUCGCACCCACUUUUACGCAACAUAGUCCUCAAAAACUCGACGGUGGUGACGCCAUGGCAACUUACUUGACAUCAUUUGAUUGGGCCAACGGGGGAAGGGAGACUGUGAUGGAACUUUACGAAGGCCCCUACACGUUUACCUUGUCUAAGAUGAAAAUGGGAGCUGAUACUUUUGCAGUGGCGGAUCUUUGGAUCCAGGGACGCAGCAAGUUUUACGAGCACUGGGACGCCAUGAGAAUGUCGCCUGGCCCGAAUUUGUCAGGAAGAACUUUAUUCGAUCCCGUGGGACCCAUGAAACAAGUCGCAAACGACGAACGUUCCAAGAACAAGGAGCUCGUGGUGAACUCUUUAAAUGACUACCGGAACCUGAAGAACCCGGGUUCGGUGAAACAUUUCUACGCCGAGGACUUCAUCGAACAUUCCAUGGGUGGCAAAGAUGGCCUCGAGCCUUUGACAACUGCCAUGGCGACUUUGAAGGACAUGCGCAAUGACAUCAAGGCCAUGGUUGCUGAAGGAGACUUAGUCGCCACUCUAAGCUCACUUACUGUCACUGUUGAGAAUGAUUUCAGGUCUUACGUGUAUGUAGAUGUUUACAGGGUGAAGGACUGCAAGUUGAAAGAACACUGGAGCUUCGGAGAACGGCUUCCGAACGCAGAUGCUUUCAAAAACAGGAAUGGACCUUUCUGAAAUCUGAAUUUGGAAUUUUUUUUUCUCUUUCAACUGGACCAUCAUGUGCCAUCCAAGUCUUGGGCCAACACGAAAGAAUUUAUUUAGAAACCUAAAAUAUCCUCUUCUAUGAAAAAAAAUCCAUUUCAUUUCUUGCUUCACGCAAAUUGGCAAUUUAUUGGCAUAGACGUUUGCAAGAAAAUAUUCACCAGGUGCCUUAAAUCAGCAUCAGAGAGUUGAAUUAUCUUUUUCAACUAUUCUUCCAAUCUUGAAAAGCACAAUUAGAUCCUUGAGUAGAAAAACAUCAGAUCUUUGAAUAAGUGGCAAAAGUUUUGAAUUUUACCACUAAUUUAAUUGCUGAAUUUCAAGAAAUCAACCAUAGGUGUUUCACCCCAUGAUAUUUAUUCAGAUUUAGUGUGACUGCAUUGAAAAUAAAUAUAUGCACCAGAAAAGAUUCAGGAAAAUGACUUUGUUCAAGUUUUCCAGUAUAAUCUAACAA